UGGCGUGGAAGGGGUAACUCUGCAUAAGGGUAAACAACGCUUGUAGCAGAGAUCCUGUGGCUAUGUUGUCCUUGUGAGAGAGAAAUGUAAGAUAAGGCUGGAUCUGGAAGGCAGCCAUGUGCCGACACUCAGCCUCCCAUCGUUCCUACCGCCUAGGGCAGCUUUAGAUUGUUGGCUUUUUCUGUCCGAGUCUUUCGGUUUCUUGGACCGUUCGGUUUUUUUUCCAUCAAAGUCGCUCUCGCCCCCGCCCUCCCCUCUUCCCCACGUGUUUCGUUCUCUUCCUCCGGCGGUAGGAUCGCGGGGCAGAACAGAGAACAGGGCUAAGUCUGGAUCGCGAGUCAUUAAAAACGGACAACGACAAGGGCGAUUUCCCCGCGUGUAACACAGGAGCGUAAGAACGGCGUCUCCAGCAGCACUGGGAGAUCCCUACGCUAGGAAACUGACUCUCUUCCCCCCCAUCUAGACCCCCCAUAAAUACACCCCCCCCUCCCCGACAGCCACUCAACUACAGAGCGGCUUGCCUCCGCACUAGCCUGCGGACAGGGACACAGGCUCCAGGGAACUUCUCUCCCGCGUCCAGUCCCCCCUCCUGCUGAAACCCCUAGCUACUCCUGCCUGCCUCCUCCGCAACAUUUGGUUACCCCCGCGUCUGCCCCACCCCCAAGCCCCCCUAGUUAUCCCUGCCGGCCCCCUCCGCAACACCUGGCUACCCCAGCGUCUGCCUCAUCCCCGAGCCCCCCUAGCUACGCCUGCCUGCCCCCUCCGUAACAUCUGGCUACUGCAGCGUCUGCCUGGUUCCCGAGCUCCCCUAGCUACUUCGCCUGUCGCCUCUGCAACAUCUAGACACCGCCAGCCUUUGCCUCGUCCCCUAGCUGCCCCUGCCUGCUCCCUCUGCAACAUCUGGCUCCCACUAUCCUCACUGCCCGUGCUUCUGGCUGGGACUCCCAGCCCCCGGGUACCGCUGCCCGCUCCCUGUGGAACAUCUGGCUGCCGCGGCCGCUCCUCUCCAGGCCGCCCCCGCGCUAACAUCUGGCCGCUGCUGUGCCGCCGCAGGGGGCCGCUCUCCUCCUCAGCAGGCGGGGUAGGCAAGGGCUGCGGCGCUGCUCUCCGAGGAGGCCGAGGGAGCCGCGGAAGCAGAGGCCGCCCGAUGGUGCUGCAGGGCGGCCCAGGAGGGGCUGGGCGGCGUCGGCUGCUGCCCCGGAGCCUGGCUGCCCUGCUCCUGUUCCUGCUCCUGGCUCUGGGGCACACCUGGACCUACCGGGAGGAGCCCGAGGAGCGCGACAGGGAGGUUUGUUCCGAGAACAAGAUCGCCACCAGCCGGUACCCGUGCCUGAAACCCAGCGGCGAGCUGGCCACCUGCUUCAGGAAAAAAUGCUGUAAGGGUUAUAAAUUUGUUCUUGGACAAUGCAUCCCCGAAGACUACGAUGUGUGUGCAGAAGCUCCAUGUGAACAGCAAUGCACAGAUAACUUUGGACGUGUCCUUUGUACAUGUUAUCCUGGAUACCGGUAUGACCGGGAGAGACACAGGAACAGAGAGAAACCCUACUGCCUAGAUAUCGAUGAGUGUGCCUCAAGCAAUGAGACUCUCUGCUCUCAAAUCUGUGUCAACACUAUGGGCAGUUACAGAUGCGAAUGUCAUGAAGGCUAUAUCCGGGAAGAUGAUGGGAGGACUUGUACCAAAGGAGACAAAGCCGGGCUUUCUGAGAAGGCUGACAACGUGUUGAAAGCAGGAACCUGUUGUGCCUCUUGUAAGGAAUUUCACCAGAUAAAGCAGACGGUUUUACAACUAAAGCAAAAGGUUGCUUUGCUACCAAACAAUGCUGCUGACCUUAGCAAACAAAUCACUGGUGAAAAGGUACUUGCAUCUAAUGCCUAUAUACCAGGUCCCCCCGGGCAACCAGGACACCAAGGCCCUCCAGGGGCCCCGGGACCAAAAGGAAGUCCAGGAUUUCCUGGCUCACCUGGACCUCCAGGCCAACCAGGUCCUAGAGGAUCAAUGGGACCCAUUGGACCAUCGCCUGACAUAUCACAUAUUAAGCAGGGCAGACGGGGCCCAGUGGGUCCACCGGGGGCACCAGGGAGAGAUGGUACCAAGGGGGAGAGAGGAGCACCAGGACCAAAAGGGCCACCUGGCCCACCAGGCUCAUUCGAUUUUCUGUUGCUGAUGAUGGCAGACAUCAGAAAUGAUAUUGCUGAACUUCAGGAGCGAGUGUUUGGACACAGGACUCACUCAUCAGCAGAGGAGUUUCCAUUACCUCAGGAAUUUACAAACUAUCAUGACACAGUAGACUUUGGAUCUGGAGAGGACUAUAAGCAAAGAAUUGCACCCAAAGACUCUAGGAUGCACAAAACAGCCCAUCAUUAGCCGGUUUAUAGCAAGGAGAGAUGUUCAGAGUUGUACAGUAUAAAAAUGCACUGAUGAUGUAAAAUAUAUAUAUAAUUUUC